UAUUUAAAGUAUUUAAAGUAUUUGAAGUAUAUUGAGUUUAGUUUGCUAUUCAUCUGCAUUGACUAUUUCUUAUUCCUGAUUUUCUGUUCUUCUUUUGCUCUCCCUAUCAUCUGUCCCUUUUUUGUCAUUGUGAGGGGAUCAUCGAUCUAUCCGCAUUGACAUACUAUCUUUUAAUUUUUCUGACUUUCUUUAUAUUUUCCACUGUCUUUUUCACACUUACUACCAGUCUUUGUGAGGGGAUACUGAGCUCGAUUUGCUCUCCAUCCGCAUUGACCUUUUCUCAUCUAUGAUUUUCCUUUUCAUCAGUAGUUAGAAUCAAAGCCGGGGAUUGGGGAGGGAGCAUCAGGGCAGUGGACAGUAUGCUGUAGUGGCGGAGACUGGAUGUAGAUAGUGGAAGACCAGAACUACGUCGCAAGGGGAAAAUAGUGUAUUAAUUGAACAAUUCUUAAGGAUUGUCUAAUUACUGCACUUAUUGACUUCUGUCAGUUUCCAGCUGUCUGCCGCGCCCUUUUAGGCCCCCAACAGGGUGCGAGCCCUGUUUUUCAGCUUUGUCAGACUUUUUUCGGAGUUAUUGGAGAUUACUGUCGGAAGGAGAUUCUCUUCCCCUGAGGACACCGUGAGUGAUUUUGCUUGUUCGCGUCCAACCAUCCCCUUUUGGCCCUUCAUACGGCAGUAAUUUGAAGAUGCUUCUUUUAAGUCUGAGCCACUGUAAUUCUAGGCAACCGCUACAUAGGUCAUCCUUGUGGCCCUGUUGGUUAUCCCAUCAAAUCAAAUCAAAUCAAAUCAAUAACUUUUGAACUACUUAUCGAAACUUCAAUUUGUAUAAAAUUCGAUAUAUUGGACUCUAAACCAGAUCGAAUGCAACAGAUUUGAGUCAAAUCCCUCAGCCGCAGAAUUUUUGACCAUAUUUCUCAAUGGCGUAAAAGCUGCGGGUUUUUGUCCCCUAAAACAUAUCAAAAAUUCUCGAAAGUCAAAAAAUGCAUAUUUUUGAAAAUUUAGUAUUUGUAAAAAAAAAGUUAAGGCUGGUACAAAUUUUAUUUAAAGAUUUUGUCUCAAUGAAAAUUUAAGUGCAAUCAGCUGAAAUCUAUUCAAAAUGUAUUCUCCUGCGUUUAGAGUAUUUGUUUGGGUUGAUUUAAAAAUCUAUCGAGGAAUUAAAAGUGAGAGUGUGUGCGUGCAACAUGGAGUUAAACUUUUCAAAGUGCUAUGGUACUCUUCACAGCAACUUCACAGAAAGUUGAACUCCAUGUUGCACACACUCUCACUUUUAAUUUCUCGAUUGAAUUAAAAAAAAUCAUUCAUUCACUGUGGAACAUUAAAAAUUGGGCAAAUAGUUUCUGAGAUACAGCCUCACAAAGAAUUCGAAUCGGUAAAAAUACAUUUUCUAAGUGCCUUCUAAGAACCUUAAUUUUCGAUUAUCCAAACGGUAACCAUUUUGAUGGUGACAAAAAAAUGUGUGUUACGCCACGAGCUUGUAAUUUGAAUUUGUGGAACAUUUUAUAGUGAAAUAAAAGAUGUGUGAUAAGUUAAUUUUUUUGCAGUAAAUUAAUUUAUUGUAGUGAAGUCCAAUUGACUUCCAAUCGACCCAAUCAUCAUCAUGUAGAAUAAAUAAACAACCCCAAACUUUUCAUAUAUUUUUUUCGCUGACAAAAAGGUGUGAAUUAUCUCAGUAUAUUGUCAUAGCUGAGCACUGACCAUUGUAGCGCGAAAUGAACUCCUCUCAACGGCACUUUUUCGCAAGAUUUUACCGUUCGCUAAAUAUUGGGAAUUCUAAUAAACUUAUUUAUAUAAAGUCGGUAGCGCGAAGCCACAGAUUCUCACAGUCCAAACUCGACCACCAUGACUACCGGUGACAAGUUGGUGAUCGUGAUUGUUUUUUCGCUGGUUUUGGCAGCAGCUCAAAGGAGCGUCUACCUGAAUGGAGUUCGCGAGGUGAUUGGAGGUUGGAGUAGGCCGUCGACUGCCCUAGCGGAUCCGGGCAUUGAACGGGAGACCUGCGAUGGUACGAACAAGCUGACCGUCUGCAACAACUGCACCCACAUUACGGUUUGCGUGGGCAGUCGAACCCCGCGGCAGUGUCCGGGAACGCAUCCGUACUGUAACUCGUUGGAGGGAGGAGAUGGCUGUUUGGCGGUUCCGGAUACGAGUUUCAAUGAUUGUGCCUUAUCGCAGGUUGGACUUCGCUGUACUUCGGUUGGGGUGUUUCCGGACCCGUGGAGGUGCGAUCGGUAUCAUCACUGUAUGACGGACUCUGGGACGUCCGAUGUGUACACUUGUCCGCAGGGGUACGUGUUCAACCUGGAUACAGCGCACUGUGUUCAGAGGGUUAAUGGCAGCUGUUCGACGGUGGUGUGUAGUAGAAAGAGUGUGUUGAUUCCGUACGGAGAUAGCAAGCAGUUCUACGCGUACUGUGACUAUACCGCAGAUCGGAACAAUCCGACGAUCUUGAUGUUCAAGUGUCCCAUAGGAGCGCUGUUCAAUGGAGUCAACUGUGAAUUCCAGUGUCCCAGUGAGGGAAAGUUCCCUAAUAGUAGUAAUCCUACUCUGUACUACGAAUGUUACCGGGUAGGCAAGAACCGCCGACUUGCAAGUCGACUGAUCAAGUGUAGUAACGGAAGCUGGUUCAAUGGUAAGACGUUACGCUGUGAAUCCGGAGUAACGGAAGCUAACACCACUGUUACAAUUCAAGGAUUAUAG